CCCCCCCCGGUCCCGCUCCCCGCAGAGGCUCUUCAUGGUGCCGUCGAGCGCGGCGCAAGCCAAGAUCCCCUACGCCCGGGUCAACCACGACAAAUACAUGGUGACGGAGAAGGCGGCGUACAUCGGGACUUCCAACUGGUCCGGGGACUACUUCGUGCAGACGGCGGGCUCGGCGCUGGUGGUGAACCAGACGGAGAGCGGCGCCGGGGCCACGGUGCCGGGCCAGCUGCGGGCGGUGUUCGAGCGGGACUGGAGCUCCCCGUACAGCGCGGACAUCGGCGACGCGGCGCGCUGGGAGCGGCUCUGCGGAGCCCGCUAGGCGUGGAGGGGCGCGAGGCUUUGGGUGGGUUUUUUUUGGGG